UUUGAAGUAUAAACUUUCGUAUGCGUUUGGGAGCGAUUAAACCGGUGUAAUGUAGAAAGUAAUCUUUACGGUUCAUAAAGUCUAAGCUAAUAUUUACAUAAAACGACGAAAUAAGUUCGCCUCUAGGUAGGUUUUAACGUCAUUCACUGUGCGCGAUUCAUGGAAUUAAUUUACUUCCUUGUUGAGUAUGGCCACACAGGAAUGCUGACAUAGAUCAUGGGAAAUCAGUGUUGUGGCAAUGAACAUAAAGAAUAUCAAAGUGGUGAUGAAAAAUCCCACAAGUCAAAAGGUGCUUCUACAUCCACUAGCAGUAAAGCCGCAAGUUCGAAUAAUGAACAGGCUCGAGUAAAUGUUCAAACAAGACAGCCAAUGCCAAUAAAACAUAGUGAUUGGCAGAAUGAGGUUAAUGAAAACCCCAGACAAGAAAGCUACCAGCGUCCUCAGUCACGAGAUCAACAUGCUCCGAUGAAAACUGAAAAACCCAAACAGGAACAGACGAAAGGGCUGGAAAAAUAUAAGAAAAAGAGCAAAAAAGCACCUAAGCAACCCUUAACCGAGGGAGGUAAUGGCAUUAUACAUGAGAGAUUGCAAAGAGAAAUAGAUGAUCUAAGGAAACACAAUGAAGAAAGCAAACAUGCGGCCGAUGCUGAAAAGACAAACAGGAUCAAAGUCGAAGAAGAACUCGAUCAAAAGAAAAAGGAAUUGGACAGUCAGACAAGGGAAUUGCAAACAUUGCAAAAACAAUCAGAUGGAUUAAAGAAAGAAAUAGACGAUUUAAAGAAAGAAAAGUCACAUGAGGCCGAUAAAGAAAAGGAAAACAACAUUGUCAAAGACGAACUUAAACGAACGAAAGAGAAGUUGGAUAGUACCACAAAACAAUUACAAAGCUUACAACAGGAAGGACAAGACAUGAGCACACACUAUAAGGAAAUACAAAGAAAACUGAACGAUGCAGAAAAGGUUAACACUACGUUCAAAUCAAAACUGGAAGACCUUGAGAGAGAAAAACAAAACUUACUUACAAGGCUGAGCGCUGCUAUGUCGGCAAAGCUGACGGACAAUAACCCCGACAUCGCAGAUUUGAGCGACUCCAAUAGGCCGACGAAACUGGCUGAGUUUUACUCGGAGCUUUAUGACAACGAGUGGACUAACGCAUUUGAAGUGAUUAAGAACAAGCACUCAGAAGACGAGACAAUACGAAUGUUACUGGAUGUAUUGGUUAAUGUGUAUACAUUUUGCAAGAAAAAGGCGGAAAACGACUUGAAGGGUCUGAGAGUUUCAAUUGAAAAGUUUAGCUUGAACAAGCAGUCUUCGUUACAAAUCGUGAAAAAAAUGAAAGAUGAAAGAAAGAAAGAGUAUUCAAGUCACCUGGAAGAAGUCUUAAAAGAAGUACAACCCGUCAUACAAAGAACCUUCAAUAAAGAAGAACGGAAUCAUGCGAAUAUAGUACAAUAUGUGGAGCGAUGUGUGAAAAUAUGCUGGCUCAUGGUAGUGCAAGACCCGCCAUUAUAUAUUGAUAGUAACGUAAACACAGGUGGUGAGAGGUUUCAGACGAACGUCUAUAAAGCAUACAUGGUUAAUGGACAGUACGUGGAUUUUGUAGUAUGGCCUGUGUUAUACCUGCACGAAAAGGGAAACAUUCUGUGUAAAGGCGUGGCACAAGGCAGAGCAACUUCAACGGAUUCAGAACCGAAACCUACGAACAUUGACAAGCAUGUUGAAGCUAAACCUGAUACACGAAAACAGCCUGAGAAACCCGGAGGUCUUGAGAAGAACAAGCCAUCAUUUAAAAAAGAGUCUAACAAGAGCUAUGUUCCAGAACAAUCUGGCACGCAUACAACGAGAAUGACAUCGCAAACUCCAAUACAUACAGGACAGACUGGUGAAAAGGACACAAUCCAUAAGUCACACAAAACUGUAAUUCUGACGAAAUCAAACUCAAUCACAGGCAAAUCCAAGUCAUCAUCUGAACGCAUGUCACGGGCUGUAAAAUCUGGAACAUCAUCGAAUGGUAACGCUUCCGAAGUAUCUGCCAAACAACGUACUUCUCUCACAUCUACGGGGACACUGUACAAAUUAUAGUUUUGUAUAUAUAUCAUCAUGCAUUAAAUACGGAGUUGAGUUGAGUUUUAAAGCAAAUCUAUUGCGUUGAAGCCCUUUUGAUGACAAUGAGCAAGCCCUUUUGAUGACAAUGAGCUAUAUACUUUUUCAAUAUUUAGUAUAUAUCAGCGUUAUAGAAUAUGACACUUAUUUGGUUUUCAUUUCAAUGUAGACAAAAAGGGACAGUAGUACAUGGCUUUUCAUAAGCAUCUUUAGUCAUUUCCUAACUUGUAUUUUUCCUUAUUGCUUAAUAGUUUCUGAAAUACUUUAUUUUGCUGUUCUUUAUUGAAAAACCAAAUUUAUGUUGAAACUCUUUAAGUUGUAGAAAUCGACUUCAGUAAGGAAUAUACUUAAAAUUACUUAUAAAUACUAGCCUAAGCCUACUUGGUUGUACAUAGACGUGCUUUUUGUAUGUUUCACCACUCAUUUCAUAUGAUGUUAUGUAUCAUACACGAUUAAACUAUAUACUUUGAGAAUACGUUACAAAGCGUAGACUAAUAGGUGCGAUCAUGUAGGUGUCUGUUUUGCUUAGAGGACAUAUUUGCUUUGUUGUUAUGUUUGAUUUGUACUACCUCUAUAUUCAGAAGGAUAAAUAAUAUUUUGUAUAUGCUUAUAUAAAACAUUAUUACAUAUUAUUUCAAAUGUUUCAAAGGUUUAUCAUAAUCAGAAAGUACUUCGUUUACCUACAUAAAACAUGUAUUGUGUUCACGGUCCAUACAAAUCAAAGAGAAAUUAAAUGCAAGUCGAUUGAAAUACGUGUCUCAAUCUUUAAGACCUAUUCAGUAAAUAACAAUUGUAAAAUGCCAACAAUAAGUGGGUAUGAAGUCUUAGAAAUAUAGUCAUAAAAAUACAUUAAGAAACAGGAAGUGAAAGUUAGAGAAUAUCAAUUAGUUAUUAGUAAUUGAAUUUUAAACAUAAAUACAAUAAAUAGAAGUUUAGUAAGUCAAGUCACGUCGCAUUGUACCUAUAUGAUGUGUUUAUAUAUUAAGGAAUUUAUACAGUUUAUAAAGGUGAUAUUGUAUAUCUGUUUCAAAUAAAUUCUUGCCUUGUGUAA